AACCAUGGCAAAGGCAACACUUGGUUUGAUUUCGGUCUUUCUCUACGGUUGGUCCGUGGUAUGUGGGUUUUCGUUGGAUGCUUCGACUCCUACCAAAGCCGCAGCGUCACUCUGGCAAGAUGUUCCCCAAGGUCCUCCCGAUGCCAUUCUAGGAAUUGCACAAGCUUUUCGAGCCUGCGAAGAUCCCAAAAAGGUCAAUGUCUGUGUCGGUGCCUACCGAACGUCCGAAGGCAAUCCAUGGGUACUUCCCAGUGUCCGCAAGGCCGAAGGCAUCAUGCUCGAAAACAAUGAAAUCAAGGAAUAUCUACCCAUUGAAGGAGAUGCCGCCUUUGUCGAAAAGGCACUCCAAUUCGCUUAUGGCAAAAAUGCGCCACUCGAUCGCAUUGCCGGUGUCCAAACCUUGUCGGGAACGGGUGCGUGUCGCAUUGGAGGAGCCUUUUUGAAUGCGUUCUUGCCCGGUCGAACCAUUUACAUUCCCGAUCCUUCCUGGGGCAAUCACAAGAAAAUAUUCGAGGCGUGUGGAUUGACCGUGCAAACUUACCGAUACUACGAACGAUCGCAAAAUGGUCUCGAUUUCGAGGGCAUGCUGGAAGAUAUUCAAACCGCUCCCAAGGGAUCCAUUAUGCUACUCCACGCGUGUGCUCACAAUCCCACCGGAUGCGAUCCCACUCCCGCUCAAUGGCAACAAAUUUAUCAAUCCAUUUUGGAACGAGAUCAUGUCGCCUUUUUCGAUUCCGCCUAUCAGGGAUUUGCGUCGGGAGAUUCCGAACAGGAUGCCGGAGCCCUUCGGGCUGCCGUCGAUGCCGGAUUGCCCGUUCUAUUGGCACAAUCCUUUGCCAAAAAUUUUGGGCUCUACGGAGAACGAUGUGGAACCCUCAGUGUUGUUUGCGGAACUGCCGCACAAAAAGACUUGGUCAUGAGUCAACUCAAAUGCAUCAUUCGACCCAUGUAUUCGUCGCCGCCGCGACACGGUAGUAGCAUUGUCAAGACGGUAUUGUCGGACGAACCAUUGACGGAACAGUACUACGAGGAAUGUGCCAGUAUGGCAAAUCGCAUUGUGGACAUGAGGACCAAACUGGUGGAAAAACUCCACGAGGUGGGGUCCACUCAUGAUUGGUCCCAUGUGACACAACAAAUUGGAAUGUUUGCAUUUACCGGCAUGUCCUCGGACAUGUGCGAUCAAUUGACAGAAGAGUAUUCCAUCUUUCUCACACGAGACGGGCGGAUCAGUAUUGCGGGGUUGAAUGAUAACAACCUCGAAUAUGUGGCCAAAGCCGUUCAUGCGGUCACGGAUGGAAAGAGCAUCACAUCCAACUAACUAAAGGAAAUGGAAUGAACUGAAAGAUUGUAUCCAUUGAUUUCUUCUAUGACCUACCUACAUGUAGUACAUCAUCUACAAGUUGAACAUUAUAUGUUGAGAAUCGAUUCAAAAGUAUAUCGGUUGCGACAUUUGGCUAGUACAUGGGAGUCAUAUUCUAGCUUGCGACUGGUUACUCGCUUGUCGUUUGAGCGGGUUUUGGCUUUUCUUUCAGGGCUAGACGGACUUCGUCGCCCCAACCUUCCUUGUCUCCUUCCUUGACGGGAUCCAGUCCCACUCGUUUCAACAGCCGGAGGGCUUCGUAGGGACGACUACAAUCCAAGCUCUUGCGUAGAAUCUUGGCCUUUUGCUGUUGCACUUCCUGACCAAAUCCAACCCAGUAGUAGUUCACUGUGGGCCACUUUUCGCGAGGCAACCAGGCUUCGAGAUGCACUCGAGUCGUUUCCGGAUAUUUGGAUUCGGGGACCCAUUUGAGCAUUACAAAGAGACGGUGCAUAUGAGUGUCCACACCAAUACCAGAGUACGUGCCCCAAGCAAUGUUUUCGAUCAGAUACGCCAUCUUGGGACCAAUGCCCUUGAGCUCCAUCAUCUCUUUGGCCGUCCUGGGAAUAUCGCCGUCGUACUUUUCCAGCAGCACUUGGCAGGCCUCCUUGAUGUACUUUGUUUUGUUGUUAUGAAACCCAACCUUUCCAAUGAGAGCAUUCAAUUGUUCCUUUGGCGUAUUGUUGUGGAUAUUCUCGAUUGAAAGUCCGUGUUUCUGCAGCGCUCUCAUGGUUUCUCCCACGACGUGAUCUUUGGUCUGGCUACUGAGCAUGAGGGCGAUUAGCACCUGGAAACGAAAGCCCUUGUCUCCCUGGUCUGUUUCGGGCAAGGCUUCGGCUCCAUCCGCAUCCAAGGGCGCCGUCUUGUCUUGUCGCAGUUCUUCUACCAGCGAAUAAAUCUCUUCCCAUCCUUUGGGGGGUGCCUUGGAUCCAGGUUCCGGUUUGGAGUUGUUGCGUCUUGCUUUUUUGGUGCCAGCCUUCUUCGAGGCGGGUGAAGUCUUCUUUGGGGGUGGAGAUGGAGUGACUGCUGUUGUAGGAUGCUGCUGUUCUGCCUUGAUGCGUUUCGCGGGAGGACUGUCAUUGGGGUCAUCCUCAAUUGAUCGCGUUUUGGCUGCAACAGUCAGUCGCGGCGAUCUCCUCACGGACAUGGCGAAACGAUCACUGAAUGGAGGGUGAUGCCAAUAAUUAUUGGAAACAGUGGUAACUCGACGAAAGGCUGCCGGAUUAGAUGAUAAUGCACAAGAUGGUACCCAACAGCAGAUCCAAUACAGCGAUGCCAAGCAGCUUCUUUGUCUACUACCAAACGAGAAAGACUUUGCCACGUGUCCCAGAUUCAUCAAUCAAUCAAGUUCUCAAUCCACAGGAGAGAGGGCAAGUACCGUACCUUUGCUAGAUGCUACUGAAUAGGAUGUAGAGCCAGGACAGAACUGCAUUGGUUGGAUACAAGGUGAGCGCAUUGGCUGCCAUGAGACAACAUGUGCCUGGGAUCCGAGAAUUACAUGUAGAGGUUCAAUUCGCCGUUUCUUGGGAACUCGAUGGCAUUCGAAACGGUUAAAUCAUUCCAUUCAUUCGAAUCGAACCGAUUCAAUCAAUUCGAUUCAAUCAUUCAAUCAUUCGAUAAUCUAUUGCUAGUUCUAGCUCUAUGAGAUGUCCGCGCAGGAAAUAGCACAACCC